AUCUUGUCUCGAUGGGCACACUUACCGCCGUCAGCGGAGAUUAGCAGUGACGCUUUAAAAUGGCCACUGUUGACAUCAUGAUAUUCUCAUUCGUGUUGGUUAGUGGUGUUUUGAAUGUCUCAUUAGAGGUGAGUCAUACUUACCAUCUGUUUGUUAGUGGUGUUUUGAAUAUCUCAUUAGACGUAAACCAUACUUACCAUCUGUUUGUUUGUGGUGUUUUGAAUAUCUCAUUAGAGGUAAGACAAAGUGACAAUCUGUUGGUUCGUGGUGUUUUGAAUGUCUUAUUUGAGUUCAGUCGUUCUAACCAUAUGUGUGUUAGUUGUGUCUUGAAUGAUUCUUUAGAGUUAACUCAUACUUACCAUGUGUUGAGCGUAUUGUAUUUGAGAGUAAAGUCAAAGAAAUAAAAUGUGUUGCCGUUUUUAUUACUGUCAUUCAGACCGUAAGUGGGUCAAGUCAAGGUGACUUCAAGUUUGAUUGGAGAGAUUAUGGAGUUAUUACCCCUGUCUAUUAUGACCGAUCGUCCGUUGAUAACUCUGCCAGCAUCGUCACAGCAGGUAGAUUAUAUAGUCAUAGAUGGAUAAAUUAUAUAGUCAUAGCAGGAUAAAUUAUAUAGUCAUAGCAGGAUAAAUUAUAUAGUCAUAGCAGGAUAAAUUAUAUAGUCAUAGCAGGAUAAAUUAUAUAGUCAUAGCAGGAUAAAUUAUAUAGUCAUAGCAGGAUAAAUUAUAUAGUCAUAGCAGGAUAAAUUAUAUAGUCAUAGCAGGAUAAAUUAUAUAGUGUAUGGUGGGCUGGUUUUAUUUAAUAAUUUUCCUGUUUUGUCAAUCCUAAAGACAAUAAAUGGCCAUGACCAUACAGUAAAUAUAUAGCAAUGCGUGCAUGUAUUUAUUUACACUGUUAUUUAAAACCGUUAAGUAUCACAGAUAUUAUGUCCAAAUCUAAAUUUCCCCCCAGAGUGUGUAGAGAGUCUGAACGCCAUUCAGGGCAAGACUAAAGCGAUUGACUUGAGUUGGCGAGAGGUUGCGGACUGCUGCAAGAACUAUCCCAGUGAACCUUACUGGACGUGGUUUGAAUGCAUCCUUAACAUAGGGGGUCUUUGCACGGAGGCUGAUUACAGAAGUGGUGCAGGGGUCUGCAAUAACAAAACGUGUACCGCUGUCGGAAAGGUGGGUACAUUUUUUUUUUAAAAACACUUACCUUGAUUAUAAGAACGUUGAAAACAACCAGUAUUUUUUUCUUGUAAUAUGCUUCUUACUAUACCACAGUGUUGAAGGAACGCGAACUUAUCAAUUAAAAAAUAUAUGGAAUUCAAUAAAUAAUUUUUUUUUAAUGUCGAAAUUUGAAAUAUAUAUAAAAAUCAAGGUAUGUAUUUUGAUUAAUUCUAAUUUUCAAAUAGAAUCCCAUAUACUUCCCUUAGAAUUUAGUUUUUUUUAAUGUCCUUGAAAUCAGUUUUAUUCUGGACGCGAAACAAAUGUGACAUUUUUAAUAAUUUUUUUUAUUUACAUAGGUUUUUUCCCCAUUAAUUUUCAGGUGACAGGAAACGGAAUAAUCCCAAAGGGAAGUGAAAAUCUCAUGGCUGAGAUAAUUCAUCAAACGACGAUAGUCGCAUACAUCGAUGUCACGCCGGAGUCUUUCCAGGUAAUCCUCGGAGUGUUCAUUAAAAAUCAUCGGAUAAAGUUGGGUAAUUGGAAUCAGUCGAUACAGGAUUGGCCAAAGUUGGGUAAUUGGAAUCAGUCGAUACAGGAUUGGCCAAAGUUGGGUGAUUGGAGUCAGUCAAGAUAUGAUUGGCCAAAGUUGGAAUCGACACAAAUCAUGAUCCAAAUGAGUUUGAUCGUUUGAACGGUGCAACAAUUUAUUUCAUAGAUUUUCAUGACGUUUCUUUGAUUGCUUUCGUUUUUUUAAAAUGUUUUUCCGCUUUUAAUAAAUAUUACUUGUAUCAAUAAAAAUAAUAUCGAAGUCGAAGAUUUUAGCUAAUUUUGUAUUUGGGCAUAUAUUUUUUAAUUAGUUUUUUUUCCCCUACUACUACUCUUUUAAAUCCAGUGCAAAUAAAAAAUGGUUAGUACAUAAACAAUGCAUUUUCAAAUUAAGCAUACAAUUUCAUGCAUUGUGUGUUAGUCAAUUGACUUGACGAGGACAUGUCAAGGACAUCCAAGUCUAAGGCUCUUUCUGUCCGUGGAUGCCCGAGAGCAGAUGAUUCGAACUCUGGCCCAGACAUGUCUUUAGCGGUCCUAGUGUGAGACAUGUCAUCACGCGGCGUAAACCAGAGCCGUCGCAUGACUCUUGCAGGACACCUGACACUUUUUGGUGGGCCCCUGCCAGCUUUGAUGGGCCCCUGAAAUUUUUGGUGGGCCCCUGCCAGCUUUGAUGGGCCCCUGAAAUUUUUGGUGUGCCCUUGACACUUUUCGUGUUUUUUCUCCCUGAUUUUUUUUAAUUUACUUUUUUUGUUGACCCCUGUAUACACAUUUUGAUUAUUUUUUUCCUGCAUGAAAACUGUUGCCCCUUUAAAUGUGUUAGGCCUCCUGCUGGUGCAGGAAUUUCAUGGCCUGCUCGAUGGCCCUGUUGCAGAGGAUAGACGGAAAUUAAUUAUUCCGACAUCAAAAAAUGGCCGAUGAUACUAUACUUAGACAAAUGGACACCAACGAAUGAAUUUUUGUGAUGGACGGGUGUUGGGCACAAUCAAUCUUGCAAACAUUAAAGACAUGUGCAAGUAUACUUUUUUUUUUGCCUGAUAUUCUUCUCGUCUCAAAGUGGCGAAAUGCAUGAACCUUUGGCCUAUAUAAUAUUAUUUGUUCUUGCACACAAUUGCAAUUUUUUAAUUGUUUUUAUUUUAAAGAGUUAUACCGGAGGUAUCUAUUCUGACCGGAACUGCACACCUGGUGGGAUCUAUGAUCACGUGGUACAGAUUGUUGGUUAUGGCACGGAGGCAGGAGUGGAUUACUGGAUCCUGAAAAAUUCUUGGGGUAAAUUGUGUCUUAUUUACUCCACCAAAAAUUACUGUUUAUUGAAUGUUCUCAAUUAAAAGUUUAUUUUAGAUCCAUUAUUAGCAGUUAUUUGUAUAUAUAUUGUUGGUCCGUCGAGGAUCGACGAGGACCAUCGAGUCGUCUGGUGACUGAUGACUUGCGCGGGUGACUUUGUUUUAAAGUGAAGAAGAGUUGCGCUGCGUCUACCUCACUCUCUCGUCCGAGCCCACCAUAUCCAGUGUCAAGGCUCUACGUCAAGACGACCAGGGAUGGGUUCGGUUGCAGGAAUUGUCAUUGUUUGCGCCUUACGGGACUCCAUCUCAGGGUUUGAAUUCAGAGUAUAUAUAUAUAUAUAUAUAUUUAUUUAUUACCUGCAAUACCAUUCUGGUGCCACCCUUUAAAUUUGAUUCGAAUCUUGGCACUGAGCUGAGUUUUAUUUCAUUUUUUUCCUCCACAGGUAUCUCGUGGGGAGAACAGGGCUACAUGAGGCUACUGCGAGGCAAAAACAUAUGUGGCAUAUCAGCAAUGAAUAUAUAUCCCAAAUAAACCAAAAAUUUACUUCAAAGUAUCUGGUUUUAUAAUAUUAGAAGUUUGAAGAAUGUAUUUUGUAUGCAUACGUUCAAAUGCUUUACUUACUUUCCAC